AUCUGUCUUUCCAACACUAUGAAAGUUACAUGGAUAUUUUGGACACUCGUAUUGUUCAGUGAAACAGCAGCUGAUCCCGGCGCAGGACUGCGCACAUGGGAUAGAUUCAGCAAACUUCCAUAUCCCGGUGACAAAGCCUUCCUUUAUGACAUUUUCCCCGAUAAGUUUAUGUGGUCUGUGGGCACCGCUGCGUAUUCAGUGGAGGGCGCCUGGGAGAAAGACGGGAAGGGAAAAUCUAUCUGGGACACUUUUACGCGCGGAGGGACGCGCGUAUCCAGAGGAGACGUUGGCAGUGACAGUUAUCACAACAUCCAGGCAGACCUCCGAGCCCUCCAGCAACUCCGAGUCACUCACUAUCGCUUUUCUCUCUCCUGGUCGCGCAUUUUCUCCAACGGCACUAAAGAUAGUUACAACAGGUGGGGUGUGGAGUAUUAUCAAAAUCUGAUUCGUGGAUUAAAGGAAAUUAAAGUGCAACCUGUUGUUACUUUAUAUCAUUGGGAUCUGCCUGACUAUUUGCAGACGCGCUUUGGAGGUUGGAGCAAUUCGAUUUUGGUGGAAGUGUUCAGGGAAUAUGCAGAUUUUUGUUUUAAAACAUUUGGAUCGGACGUGAAGUUUUGGAUUACCAUCGACAACCCUUUUGUAGUGUCUUGGCAUGGAUACGGAACUGGGGUUGUGGCUCCUGGAAUUAAAAAUGACUCGGAUUUGCCUUUUAGAGUUGGACACAAUCUUUUAAAGGCACACGCUGCAGUUUGGCACCUGUAUGACCAAAGAUAUCGUGCCAGCCAAGGGGGGAAAGUGUCCAUGGCUCUAGCAUCCCACUGGAUCAAACCAAGCAGAACCAGGCAGGAGAACCACAAAGCCUGCCAGUGCUCUCUGGACUUCGUGCUCGGCUGGUUCGCCCGCCCAUUGUUUGUGGAUGGAGAUUAUCCGCCCUGCAUGAAACGCAAUCUGACCCACCGGCUGCCCUCUUUUACUGAGGCCGAACGCAUGCAUAUUAAUGGAACGGCUGAUUUCUUUGCCCUCUCUCAUGGUCCGGCUCUUAGUUUUCAGCUGAUCAAUGACAGUCUGCGCUUCGGUCAGACAGAAGACCUGGACCUGAGGAUGCUGCUGUACUGGAUUCAUGCAGAGUAUAACAAUCCGCCCGUCUUUGUGGUUGAGAGUGGUUGGUAUGGAGGUGGCAACACGAAAACGAAGGAUGCCAAGCAUAUGUACUAUCUGAAACGCUUUAUUAUGGAGACUUUGAAAGCCAUCCGAUUUGACCAUGUAAAUGUAAUUGGAUACACGGCCUGGUCUCUGCUGGACGGAUACGAGUGGUACCGUGAAUAUGGAAUACGACGAGGGCUGUUCUAUGUAGAUUUCAACACUCCAGACCUAAAGAGAGAACCAAAGACAUCUGCAACUUUCUAUAGCAAACUCAUAGAGAAGAAUGGCUUCCCCCAGCUGCCCGAGAAUCGCCCGGCACAGGGCGUCUUUUCUUGUGAUUUUGCCUGGGGUGUGGCGGCCAACUCCAUACAGGUUGAUACUACACCUACCCAGUUUGCAGACCCCAGCGUAUACAUCUGGAAUAUUUCUGGUAACGGAGAGCUAAAAAAACUCCCAGGUGUGCAGGAGCCCGCUACGCGCAGGGCACGGCAUUGUGCCGACUACGCCAGCAUCCGUCAGCAGGUGUCUGACAUCCAACACAUACAAGUGUCUCACUUUCACUUUUCCCUCAACUGGUCGUCCAUUGUCCCUUCAGGCCUUGUGUCAGAUGUUAACAAAACGCUGCUGAACUACUACCGUUGCUUUGUCAGUGAGCUACGAAAGGUUAACGUAACGCCGGUCGUGACCCUUUGGCACCAUACUGGGAAGUUGUCCAGCCUGCCUGUGCCCAUGGAAGCCAGAGGGGGCUGGCAGAGCGAAAACACAGUCCAGGCCUUUGUAGACUACGCCAGGCUGUGUUUCCGACAUCUCGGAGCUCACGUCAAGCUAUGGAUCACGCUGAAUGAACCCAACGAUGAGGACCUUGAGUACUCAGUGGGUCACCAGCUGUUACGUGCCCAUGCGUUAACUUGGCGCGUCUACGACAGUGAAUUCCGCCCAUCUCAAUGCGGCAAGGCGUCUUUAGUUCUUCAUAUGGAUUGGGUCGAGCCUGCUUUUUCUUUCAACCGUGAGGAUGUGGAACCUGCAAACCGAGUCUUGGACUUUCGAGUGGGAUGGUUUGCAGAGCCAAUCUUUGGAAGCGGCGACUACCCAGAAGUGAUGCGAAACUGGUUGCAACAGAGAAACAACAUCGAUCUUUUUAACUAUCACUUACCAGCGUUCAGCGAAGAAGAUCGACGGCUGGUUAAAGGAACUUACGAUUUCUUCGCUAUCAGCCACUUUACCACCUCAAUGGUGUAUGAUGGAGUUGAGGACAAAUACACCUUUAAGGACAAGCUGCAGGUACAAUUGAUAUCCGACGUUACCUGGAUCAUGUCGCCAAGACGCAACUCUCCCGUGGUCCCCUGGGGUCUUCGCAAGGCUCUAAAUUGGGUCAACUCGAGAUAUAAAGGCGUUCCAAUUUAUGUGAUGGCCAAUGGGGUUCAAGAGGACAUUGCAAGAUUUAAGGACAGCUUGCGCGUCUACUACCUUUACAGCUACAUUAAUGAAGCUUUGAAAGCAUACAUGCUGGACGGUGUCAAUGUGAAAGGUUAUUUUGCGUAUGCAUUCAACGACCAACACGACCCAGGCUUUGGAAUGUACGGACAUGUGCAAGAUGAAGUCAUUUUAAAAUCAUCACUGGCCCAUUACAAAAACAUCAUCCACCACAAUGGAUUCCCUGCUUAUGGCACAGCGUACAGACAGUGUCCACAUCCUCCUGCAUACUGCUCAGAGUGUUACAUCCUAACCAAGCAACCUGUUGUCGGCUUUUUAUCUCUGGUGGGCUCCUGUAUGCUGAUUACAACGUGCCUUAUUGUCUACUAUGCAGUCAGGAGGCACAAAAUAACCACAAAACUAUGA